UUUUUUUUCACUAUUUAUUUUUUAAAAACAGUUUCAAUUAUUGCAUUUUUUCAAUAUUUCUUACUCCAAACAUCCAUUUAAUAUGUCAACACUCGUAUACAUCUAUGAACUCUCAAUAAAGAUGAUACUGGACAGGAAGAUGAAUAUGUUGUUUUUAUCUUUUGUUCAUUUGAUGGUUUUACUGUUCAAUUCGUGUAUUAUGAUUUAAGUCAUUGUAAAUUUUCAGCUUUUACCUUUAGGAAACAUCAUUUUAGCCAAUAAGACACAUGUUUCACUUCUUUAUAAAAAUUAUUUAAGUUAUUAUUAGCUUCCUAAGCCCCGCAAUAAGUGUUAGUUUAUUUACCAGUAAUACAAACUAGAUGCGAAAUGACACAAAUUGAAUUAUUUAAUCCUUUUUUAAUUAUUGAUUAAUCCAAUUAAUUAGUAGGUUUGUCUGUCUGAUCGAUCAUUGAUUAAUAAUGAAAAGCCAGCCAGUUGCCAAUCACUACAAGUCACUGAAAAUCAUGUUGUCAUGUUUUUGUUAUUAAACUACCUUAUGAAACAGUUCUUUUAUUAGUGUAUCAUUCAAACUUGUCUCGAUGGGUACACCCCUCUGCUCCCAUCCAGUACUUUAUAUUGAGGCCAAAAAAAUGUAAGAGCCUUAUAGGUUGAUGACUCACUCAAGUAUAUAGUGGUAUGAAUUAAAGAGCUCCAAAAAUUGAAAAAAAAGCAACCAUUUCCUGAAAAGAUCCAUAUUCUAAAGAGCAAAAUAUAGGUUGAUGCAAAAAGAGAUUGAUGCAAUAUUAUGUUUAACUUACUUGACUUUAAUGAACAGAACAAAACAUAUGAUUAAUGUACAGUUAUAUUUUUUUUGUAAUUAAUGCGUAGCAGUAAAAUUCCCCAGUUAAAAAAGCCACAAUAUAUCACUAAUAUUUAAUCUGUACACAAAUCAUAUGCUUUUUUCGAUAUGAAAUUGUGAAACAUUAUUUAUUGUGUUAUUAAUUAUGUAAAAAAAUGAAUGUAUAUUUUUUUCAGAUGCUUCCAUCAAAAAGCUUCUGGAUAAUAUUAGUCUUAGGCCUGGGCUUAAGGCUCGGCCUACUGCUAUAUGGCGAAUGGCAGGACAGAAAUAUGGCCGUCAAGUUCACGGACAUUGACUACCAUGUUUUCACUGAUGCCGCGAGGUUCGUUUAUCAGAACAAGUCUCCAUACCAGAGAGCAACAUAUCGCUACACACCUCUCCUAGCCUGGCUACUACAGCCCAACAUCAGCGUGAAUCCAGCAUUCGGGAAACUGGCCUUUAUAAUACUAGACAUAUUCACUGGAUUCUUGAUAUAUGCCAUUACUUCAAGCAAUGGGGUGUCAGCAAAACUGUCAACAUUCUGUUCAGCUCUGUGGCUCCUGAACCCCUUACCUAUGACUGUUUCAAGCCGAGGAAAUGCUGAAUCUAUUAUGUCAGCUCUUGUGUUACUGACUUUGAAACUUUUGCAGGACAGUAAACCCUUCUACUCAGGAACAGUCUUCGCGCUGGCAGUUCAUUUCAAGAUAUACCCUGUGGUGUAUGCCUUGCCCAUAUACUUGUUCCUAGGGGAUCGCAGUAUAAGCCUGUCAAAUGUUGGAUGGAAAGAAAGGCUGAAAUAUUUGUUACCAAAUAUGAAUAGAUUGUGCUUCAUAUGUACAGCUGGGCUGGUUUUAGCAAGUUUAACUUGGAUGUACUUUAUAUGGUAUGGUUGGGAGUUUUUGGAGCACACAUACCUGUACCAUGUGACGCGUCAGGACAUACGACACAACUUCUCCCCAUAUUUCUACAUGCUGUACCAACAGACAGCCACCCAACAGUCCACACUGCUUGCUCUGCUCUGCUUCAUACCACAAGUUGCCUUAAUGCUGGUAUUCUCCUUCAAGUACUACAAAGAGCCAGCCCUAGCAUUCUUCCUCAACACCUAUGCCUUUGUCACUUUCAACAAAGUCUGCACCUCGCAGUAUUUCCUGUGGUACCUGUGUCUUCUCCCCCUGGUACUACCCCUGAUGGCUAGAAUAUCUAAACUGAAGGCAGCGGUCACACUGGGGCUCUGGUUUGCCGGACAGGGUUUGUGGCUGUUGCCAGCCUACUACUUGGAGUUUGAAGGCUUGAACACCUUUCUGUACAUAUGGGCAGCAGGACUUGUGUUUCUAUUUAUAAACUGUUACAUCAUGUAUGUUAUCAUGGACCAUUAUCGACCAAUCAAAACACAGAGUGACUCAUCUGAGGCCAAAGAUGGCUACAAGUACACUCAGAUUGUGACUCAGACUAGGACCACUACUAAAUCUUCAGCAAAGUCUAAAAGGCAACUAAAUUCGACAAAAAAGGAGGACAGCAGUGAAUCUCAUUCAGAAAAAAUGCAAAGUGAUGGAUCGAAGACCAUGAACACAACACAAACUAAAGCUGUUUCUCCAAGGAAGAGAACUCCUAAAAAGGUUGAAUCUCCAACCUUAAGAUACAGUACACGGACUAGGUCCAGUGUUCAAUAGAUUGUUUAAGUUUAAUGGCUUUUUGGUGCAAUGAAUUUAUUUAUUUUUACUUGGUGCUUAUUGACAUCAGUAUUGCCCUUUUGAAUGGGACUUUUAUCAUGCUUGAUUUUGUAAAAACCAACUUUUCUAUUGAUUAAAUGUUGUGAAAUAAAAUAUGAAAAUUU